AUGUUAUUAGACCAUAAAAACAUUGCAUUUCAGACAUAUAUUUUACUCUUAUUUUUUCAAUUUUGUAAAUUCUUUCAGAUUUUCUUAUGCUUCUGUUUCUCUUUGAGAUUUCCGAGUCUGAAGAACUUCUAUUUGGAAAAACAAACAUUAACAUUUGGAAAAAGUGAAUUUCAAAAUGGAAUUUAUUGUCCUGCUUAUAAUUAUCCAAUUGAAUGUAAAUGGAAUGAUACAAGAGGUGGUCCUCAAUGCAAUGAAACAUAUUAUUUGGAGAAUUUUUCUGUUAUUAAAGACCCACCUAAACAUGGUAUAUUAGAUGACGAUUGCUUCGGCUAUUUCAAAAAAGAUCUCUCAAAUGAUCCUAACUUCAUUGAUAAAACAUGGGAUGAACUAAAGUUUACAUGCGAAAAAACUCAUUAUGGGCGAUGUUACUUUAACAUAUAUUUUAAUAAGGAUGAUGGAAGUACAAAUCGAUGCAAAAAUUAUGUUGAUUACAAAUAUAGUCAAAGUUCAGUUUUAUUAAACGAAAUUAAUAAUAAUCAUUUUUUCUGUCAGGAUAGUGAUCUAACAAGAAAAAUCAAAUCUAUUAGAGCUUAUGUUUUACCACUUAGAUUAGAAACAGUUUUUACAAAAGUUCAACUAGAAACAGUUCGAAGAUCAUUUUUAUUUGAGAAAAUUGAGAAUUACACUGAAGAUGAAAACAGAAAAGAAAGGUACCCAACAGCAUUUAAGACAAAUAUAACAACAAAAAACAACAAGUAUGCAUAUGGAGCUACAAUAAAAUUAUACAAAGAAAAUCCAAAAAUUCAAUUAUCAACAAUGUUAUUAAACGAUGCACAUCCAAUCUCACCAAUUAUUCAAGAUAUCAGUGCUCCAGUUUCAGGACGAAAUGACACACAACUUGUUUCUCCAAUCAUUGCAAAUGGAACACAUAUCAUCGGUAUUGAUGUUUUCAACGCUGAAACAUUUUUUGAUUGGUCAUACAGCGACAACAGAUUAUAUGGAUCAAAUACUUCAUGUUUAUACAUGAAUAUCAAACCAAUUAAAGAUGUGAAUAUAUCAUAUAUUGUUAUUGAAGCAGACACAAAAUCAUAUUUGGAAGCAUUAGAGGUUUGGCAUCAAGCAUUUCCAGACUUAUAUGGAAUCAAUCCAUACGGUAAAUCUACAAUUUGUAAGUAUCCAAACAUCAGUAACUGGAGUCCAUCAAUGGUUACUAACUACAAUUGUAAGUUAUUAUGGGGUUCAGACGAAAAAUAUGAAGGCACUAAAAACUUUUAUGAAAUGAAUCCAUCAAUCAUCAGAAUAUACACAAACACGAACAAAAAAGUUUUGCCAUCUCAAAUUGCAAAAAUGAUAACACGUGUGCAUUUGUACAAUAAUCGUUAUUUUAAGUCAUAUUUUUCAAUAUUUAAAAAAUUAUAUAAUGAAUAUCAUCCAAAUUUAACAAAUAUGAUACCAGCAUACAUUUUUAAUAAAUGCAUAUUAGUUUUGAAUGAGAACAGUGAAAUAACAUUCAAGGAUUUCGAAAUUCAUGAAAAAAAUACAAUUUUUAGGGCAAUUAUGGAAGAUGAUGUGAACAAAUUUUUAUGGUUUAUUGGAUUGGAUGAUUUUGAUGAAAAUAAAAGAUUACACAAUGAAUUCUAUCCAGAAAAUGGAUUUUCAUUACUUGAAUUAUGUUGUUAUCAUGGUGCAGUUGAUUGUUUCAAAGUCAUGAUAACAAAAUUCAAUCCAGAAAUUACUAAAGAUUGUCUUUCAUUAUCAUUUUUAGGUGGGAAACCAGAGAUUAUAAAUGUAUGCUUGAAAUACCAACAACCUGAUGAAGAUUCUAUGAAAUAUGCAAUUAUUUCGCAUAACAUUGAUUUUGUUACUUUUUUGAUGAAUGAAUACAAUUUAGAAAUAAAUUUACGUGAUUGCUGCAUGGCAAGUAAUCUUCAAGCAUUUCUGGUUUAUUUUGAUCAAACUGGUGACAUCAACAAAUGUUUUAUUCAUUCAGUUAUGUUCCCGUUGCCAUAUCUUAUUAAAUAUUUUAUUUCAAUUGGGGCCGACAUAAAUGCAACAUGUAAUGGAUAUAGUGCUCUCCAUUUUGCUGUAGGUUAUAAUACAACAGAAAUUUUGCAGCUUCUUAUAUCUCAUGGUGCUAAUAUUAAUGUAAAGAAUGAAUAUGGAGACAGUCCUCUUCAUUUUGCAGUGAAGAGUAAUUCAAAAAAGAAAGUAGAAUUUCUAAUUUUACACGGGGCUGAUGUAAAUGCAACAAAUCAAGAAGGGCAGACCCCUCUUCAUUGUGCAGUAUGUGUUAUUAAUAGUUUCGUAUAUAUUAAGGUGAAAUUUAAAAAUAAUUUCAAAACAAUAAUCGAACUUCUAAUUUUUCAUGGUGCUGAUGUCAACGCAAAAGAUGAAGAUGGGAUGACAGCUCUUCAUUAUACUGUAUUAAACAAUUAUGCUGAAAUCACUAGACUUCUUGUGUCAAAUGGUGCCGAUAUCAAUGCAAAAAAUAGAAUAGGCAAACCCCCGCUUCAACUUGCAGUAAUCAAAAAUAGGCAAGAAAUAGCAAAUUUUCUUAUCUCAAAUGGUGCUGACAUCAACACAAAGGAUAAAUUUGAAACGACUGCUCUUUAUGAUGCAAUAUAUAAAGGAAACAAAGAAAUGGUUGAGUUGCUUAUCGCAAGUGGAGCAAAUGUUAAUAUCAAAUCUAAAAACAAUAUGACUUCUUUACCUUAUUUAUUACCAUUUUGGGAAAAACAUACUGCCGAUUUACUUCUUUCAAAUGAUGAGGGUUUCAAAGAUCAAACCCCUCUUCAGGUUGCAUAA